AUGUUUGGUCUGCCCUCCGCAACGUCCUCAAAAGUCUUGCUCAACGAGCUUCUGCUUUGGGUCACAUCGGCUCUGCCGCCACUACCCAAGCCCGCACUCAGUACACGGCCAUUACGCAUGUCGUUGAGACCCCCGCACCGCAGCCCCAGGCGAUCAGCAAGUCCUGCUUCCACUAUGGCGUUGGCAAUCAUGCUGGUCGUGGUGACCGUUGCUCUGGUCAUUAUGACUGUAACGCCGGCAGUACUGCUUAUGAUGCCGUCACCCGUGACCUUGGCUACGGUCAUCCUCCAGCUGCUGCGAAGUACACCAUCAUACCAUCAUACAUCCUCCCUCAACCGCAUCCUCGAAAAGCCGCAUCCACUUUCCGUACUACCCAUUUUUUUUACUACGGGCUCUGCCCCACUCAUUGAUGUGUUUGCAUCGCCGCCGCGCCCUUCACUACCUUCGACUAGUCGUUCGUUUCUCCUAAGCCUCCCUCGGCUCUGCCACAUGCACCAGUUACUGUCGAGCCGGACUCGUUGCCAACCAACUACGCGUCUGCUGCGCCUCCUUCGGCUAUGCCACUCGCGCCAGUUACCGUUGAGCCGGCCACGUUGCCAGCCAACUACGGGUCUCGCGCUGAUGCAGGAGAUCUCGACGUCGCUGAAGUCCCAUCCAACGAGGUUCUCGUCACCGAUCGCCUACCACUCUACCCACCGCGACCAUUAUUUCACAUCCCAGCCAACCCAACCAAAGUGGAUCUUCCACUGUUCCCACAAGCCGAUCAAAGUUGUUCUGCAGCUACCACCCCAAUGUGUCGACGGUAUCCGUCCCCAUCCACCCUUCCAAGUCAUCAAGGGCAAUGGCUUUUUUGCCCUACACGCGGAUCUCCGCUACUGCGAGCAUGAUGUCGGUUCCCCUCCCCUACCCAAGGCGGUGACCUAUGGUCCUACCAACUUCCCCGCUCUGCGUGAACAUUGGAUCGUUGAUUCCGGGGCAUCCACCUCGUGCACCCCCAACCGAUAUUAUUUCUUGCGCUACGUUCCAUGUGCGCUGUCUUUGACAGUCGGGAACGGCACCACACUCCCAGUCGUCGAUUAUGGCGCCAUCUCGAUGCUAGUGGACAUGUCGUCCCGUGACCAAGUCGAUGACAUCCGUCCAUACACAUUGCGUCUCGACUUCGGACUCCACAUUUAA